AUGGUUACUGUUGCUGGUGAAACAUCUGCUGUUGCUGGUGAAACAUCUGCUGUUGCUGGUGAAACAUCUGCUGUUGCUGGUGAAACAUCUGCUGUUGCUGGUGAAACAUCUGCUGUUGCUGGUGAAACAUCUGCUGUUGCUGGUGAAACAUCUGCUGUUGCUGGUGAAACAUCUGCUGUUGCUGGUGAAACAUCUGCUGUUGCUGUUGCUGCUACUAGGAGGGGAGGGGAGGUGUCGGGGGAGGAGAGGAGGGGAGGGGAGGUGUCGGGGGAGGAGAGGAGGGGAGGGGAGGUGUCGGGGGAGGAGAGGAGGGGAGGGGAGGUGUCGGGGGAGGAGAGGAGGGGAGGGGAGGUGUCGGGGGAGGAGAGGAGGGGAGGGGAGGUGUCGGGGGAGGAGAGGAGGGGAGGGGAGGUGUCGGGGGAGGAGAGGAGGGGAGGGGAGGUGUCGGGGGAGGAGAGGAGGGGAGGGGAGGUGUCGGGGGAGGAGAGGAGGGGAGGGGAGGUGUCGGGGGAGGAGAGGAGGGGAGGGGAGGUGUCGGGGGAGGAGAGGAGGGGAGGGGAGGUGUCGGGGGAGGAGAGGAGGGGAGGGGAGGUGUCGGGGGAGGAGAGGAGGGGAGGGGAGGUGUCGGGGGAGGAGAGGAGGGGAGGGGAGGUGUCGGGGGAGGAGAGGAGGGGAGGGGAGGUGUCGGGGGAGGAGAGGAGGGGAGGGGAGGUGUCGGGGGAGGAGAGGAGGGGAGGGGAGGUGUCGGGGGAGGAGAGGAGGGGAGGGGAGGUGUCGGGGGAGGAGAGGAGGGGAGGGGAGGUGUCGGGGGAGGAGAGGAGGGGAGGGGAGGUGUCGGGGGAGGAGAGGAGGGGAGGGGAGGUGUCGGGGGAGGAGAGGAGGGGAGGGGAGGUGUCGGGGGAGGAGAGGAGGGGAGGGGAGGUGUCGGGGGAGGAGAGGAGGGGAGGGGAGGUGUCGGGGGAGGAGAGGAGGGGAGGGGAGGUGUCGGGGGAGGAGAGGAGGGGAGGGGAGGUGUCGGGGGAGGAGAGGAGGGGAGGGGAGGUGUCGGGGGAGGAGAGGAGGGGAGGGGAGGUGUCGGGGGAGGAGAGGAGGGGUCGGGGGAGGAGAGGAGAGGAGGGGUCGGGGGAGGAGAGGAGAGGAGGGGUCGGGGGAGGAGAGGAGAGGAGGGGUCGGGGGAGGAGAGGAGAGGAGGGGUCGGGGGAGGAGAGGAGAGGAGGGGUCGGGGGAGGAGAGGAGAGGAGGGGUCGGGGGAGGAGAGGAGAGGAGGGGUCGGGGGAGGAGAGGAGAGGAGGGGUCGGGGGAGGAGAGGAGAGGAGGGGUCGGGGGAGGAGAGGAGAGGAGGGGUCGGGGGAGGAGAGGAGAGGAGGGGUCGGGGGAGGAGAGGAGAGGAGGGGUCGGGGGAGGAGAGGAGAGGAGGGGUCGGGGGAGGAGAGGAGAGGAGGGGUCGGGGGAGGAGAGGAGAGGAGGGGUCGGGGGAGGAGAGGAGGGGUCGGGGGAGGAGAGGAGGGGUCGGGGGAGGAGAGGAGGGGUCGGGGGAGGAGAGGAGGGGUCGGGGGAGGAGAGGAGGGGUCGGGGGAGGAGGAUAGGGGUCGGGGGAGGAGGAUAGGGGUCGGGGGAGGAGGAUAG